GUACCAACUAAAUAAAAACCCAACUACUAGAUUGAUAUUGAUAGAGUCGUAUAUCGAAAUUUCUUAGAACUUUCUAUCACUUUCGUCAUCUUCCACCCUAACGCAGCUCACCCAAUUUACCCAACAUUUCAUCGAAAAUUCACAUAUACUUCUCCGUUAUCUUUAUUAUUUUGGCGAUUGAAUUUUUAAUUGAAAAAGUCUACUAUUUAAAUUGUCAAUUAAGGCUAUUUCAAUUCAAAUUUCAAAGAAAAACAUCGUAAAUUCAGCCACAAUUAGCAAACAUCAGCAGAAAGAGAUUCAGAGAAUUUACGAUGCAACGAAUCUUCGGUGCUAAGAAACAAAAAGAUCCUCCUCCUUCAGUUUCAGAUGCUUCUGAUCGGAUCAACAAAAGAGGGGAAAAUGUUGAUGACAAGAUUAAAAAGCUUGAUGCUGAAUUAGCUAGAUACAAAGAACAAAUCAAAAAGACACGGCCUGGUCCUGCACAGGAAGCUGUAAAGGCUCGAGCGAUGAGGGUCCUUAAACAAAAACGGAUGUAUGAAGGGCAGCGUGAUAUGCUCUACAAUCAAACAUUCAAUCUUGACCAAGUUUCCUUUGCUGCAGAGGGUAUAAAGGAUGCUCAGCAAACUAUGUCAGCAUUAAAAGCUGCAAACAAGGACUUAAAAGGAAUGAUGAAGACAGUAAAAAUUCAAGAAAUAGAUAACCUGCAAGAUGAUAUGAUGGACUUGAUGGAUAUGAGUAAUGAGAUUCAAGAAACCCUUGGAAGAAGCUACAAUGUGCCUGACGACAUUGAUGAGGAUGACCUGAUGGAGCUCGAUGCACUGGAAUUAGAUAUGGAAUCUGAGAGUCAGGGGGUUCCUUCUUACCUUCAGUCUGAACCUGAUGUCGAGGAAGAGCUCAACUUGCCAGCAGCUCCUACUGGUUCUGCAGCAGUGCCUGGCAGAGCCAAUGUUCAGUCUGAGGAUGAACUGGGCUUGCCCUCUGUACCCCGAGCAUCCCUUCGUACUUAACAGGAAUGAAUUAAAGGAGCUGGUUUGAUACUUCGAUUUACAACUCAUUGUGCAGAAUAUUAUUGUAGUGAACUCUAUUGUUCCAAUUUUUUGGGUGGUGGUGGGUUAUUAUUGGAAGGGGGUUGGUGUUAAAUGUGUGAAAAUAUUUUUUUACGGUUUUGUUGGUAAUAAUUGAACCAAAUGUACAAUUUGCCACUUGAACAAGGAGUAUAUAGAGAAAGAAAUUGAUGUUUGAUAUUGUAAUUAGACUUUCUUGCCAAAAUACGCAUUUUUUUA